GGGCCCCCGCCUUGACCAUGGCCUUGGUGAGCUCCGAGGGAGCGGCUGAAGGGACCUCGGGGACCACCGGCCGUACCUCCUGCCCGCUCUGGACCGUGCUCUAUGACUACGAGGCCUCCGGGGAAGAUGAGCUGAGCCUGCGGCGAGGGGAAGUGGUGGAGGUGCUCUCCAAAGAUGCAGCGGUCUCCGGAGAUGACGGCUGGUGGGCUGGCAAGAUCCGCCACCGCCUCGGUAUCUUCCCGGCCAACUAUGUGACCUACCAGCCGGGACGCUACCAACAUCCCCCGCUGGGAUUGCUGGAAAAGUCUGGGCAUGAAGCCCAAGCCCAAGCUAUGGGCGAUGGGCAUCCUGUCAGUGGUGAAGACCAUUUGGGUUCCCUAGAAGAGAUUAACUUUCAGCAUCUGGAACUGCAGGAGAUCAUUGGAGUUGGAGGCUUUGGCAAAGUUUAUAAAGCAAAGUGGAAGGGCCAAGAAGUGGCGGUGAAAGCAGCGCGGCAGGACCCAGAUGAGGACAUCAAGGCCACGGCAGAGAGUGUGAGGCAGGAGGCAAAGUUGUUCUCCAUGCUGAAACAUCCCAACAUUAUUGAGCUUCAUGGUGUAAGUUUGCAGGAGCCCAACCUCUGCCUGGUCAUGGAAUAUGCUAGGGGAGGACCCCUCAACAGAGCUCUGUCAGGGGCCUCUCCCUCCACCAGUGGGAGUAAUUGGGGCCGUCGGAUACCUCCUCAUAUACUGGUCAACUGGGCCGUGCAGAUAGCUCGAGGGAUGCUUUACUUGCAUGAAGAAGCCUUAGUAUCCAUCCUUCACAGAGACCUCAAGUCAAGCAACAUUCUGUUGCUUGAGAAGAUAGAGAAUGAUGAUAUUCAUAACAAAACACUGAAGAUUACAGACUUUGGCUUGGCUAGAGAGUGGCAUAGAACAACUAAAAUGAGUGCUGCGGGAACCUAUGCAUGGAUGGCACCUGAAGUUAUCAAAUCAUCCAUGUUUUCUAAAGGAAGUGAUAUCUGGAGUUAUGGCGUAUUGCUGUGGGAACUCCUUACGGGAGAAGUUCCAUACCGAGGCAUUGAUGGUCUUGCUGUGGCUUACGGUGUUGCUGUCAAUAAGCUUACUUUGCCCAUUCCAUCCACAUGUCCCGAACCAUUUGCUAAACUAAUGAAAGUGUGCUGGGCUCAGGAUCCCCAUAUCCGACCGCCCUUUACCUUGAUUCUUGAGCAGCUUACUGCCAUCGAGGGGGCUGUUUUGACUGAGAUGCCUCAGGAAUCUUUCCAUUCCAUGCAAGAUGACUGGAAACUGGAAAUUCAACAGAUAUUUGAUGAGCUGAGGACCAAGGAAAAAGAGCUGAGGUCACGAGAAGAAGAGUUAACAAGAGCUGCUCUCCAUCAGAAGUCACAAGAAGAGUUGUUGAAGCGGCGUGAGCAGCAGUUAGCAGAACGGGAGAUCGAUGUACUGGAGCGAGAACUCAAUAUUUUGAUAUUCCAAUUAAACCAAGACAAGCCCAAUGUGAAGAAGAGAAAGGGAAAGUUCAAAAAAAGCAGAUUAAAGCUUAAAGAUGGUCACAGAAUCAGUCUGCCUUCAGAUUUUCAACACAAGAUAACAGUGCAAGCCUCCCCGAACCUGGAUAAGCGAAGAAGUUUAAACAGUAACAGCUCUAGUCCACCAAGUAGCCCCCUAAUAAUUCCCCGUCUUCGAGCUAUACAAUUGAUUUCCAAAACUGACCCAAAUACAGCUAAUGGGCAAAGAAACAGUAUAUAUGUGUACCAUCAAGAUGUAGAUAUCACAAGCGAAUAUGAACUUCCCAGUGGGGUUAAGAAAAAAGUGACCUCGGAUGAGAGCAACAAAACGUGGGGAAGGAGUACAGUUUGUCAUCAGGAAGAAUUUGAAGAUGUCAAGCGAGGCUUCAAAAAGAAAGGAUGCACAUGGGGGCCAAGCUCAGUUCAAACAAAAGAGCGUACGGAUUGUAAAGAGAGAAUAAGACCCCUCUCAGAUGGAAGUAGUCCUUGGCCAACACUUUUGAUGAAGAAUCAGAAAGGUGUUCCUUUAGCAUCUUUGUUCAUAGACCAAGAGCAGAGGCUUUCCUCUGAAGGUCUGGAUACUAAGCGACCAAAGCAAUUAAAAUUGCCAAAUCAGGCCUACAUCGAUCUACCUCUUUGGAAGGAUGACCAAGGAUUUAAUUCUGCAGAACAGGAGAGCUCCGAAGAAAGAAAUUCAGCAAGUUCUGCAAAUAGCACUCCACAAAUGACCCCUACAAACAGCCUCAGCAGAACAUUUCAGAAAAAGAAAACUGACACAGUGCUUUAUGGAUGCGGGGUCCUCCUUGCAUCCGUAGCACUGGGCGUGGAUAUUAGGGAGCUGAACAGAUUUCAGGCUCCUGAAGAAGUACUGCCCAAGGAGGAAAAGAAAAGGCGUGAUGGAAUAUUUCAGCGAGCUUCCAAGUUUCACAGAAGUGCAAGCCCUGUAAGGUUGCAGCCCAAGAAGGAGGAAGCGCACGUCCCUUCACUAUGUCCACCCGCAAGUACUGUGAACCUUUUCUCUCUUUCUUCUGCUUCCACUAAAUGCCUCCUUCAGUCUGACAGUGAAGAUACCAUUACGAGCACGCUGCCCUUUAACAGAGAUGCUCCCAUUAGACACUUUUUGUCUGAAAGUCCUGCGAGUAAAAGAGAACAAAUGGCCAAAGCUGAUCCUGCUGCUGAUUCUAAUGUGCCAUCUCCCCAUCUUCCUUUGAAGGAAGAAUCUCAAUUCAUAUCCAAUGCCUCUUCCUCAAAAGCGAGAGCUUUGGGCCACAGACGAACCGUGUCAGAUGGAAACCCAUGCCAUGCCAUAAGUAAUGGAAUUGCUAAUGGGGCUCCGGAGAGUGUGCACUGCCCAUCUCUCCAGCAGAGAAGCAAUCCUUCACCUGUAAAGCAAGGAAUUGUCAACAUUAUACCAAGACCUCGACCCUCUUCUCUAAGAAGUCGGCUAGAUCCUUGGCAGGCUAUUCCACAACGUCGGAAGUCAAGCCCUUUUGAGUCUGACAGUUCAGAGCGUGAUAGAGGUUCAACGGUUAACUCACUGACAGACACUGAUGAGAGAACUAAAUCCCAUAUGCCAUCUUUGCUGGAUAUUGAUGUAGAAGGUCAAAACAGUGACUCUACAGUGCCUCUGUGUAGGUUGAAGAGUAAAGCGUGCCGGCCAUCAAUAUAUGAACUGGAGAGAGAAUUCUUGUCUUAAGUGCCUUGAUUUUUUCCCCUGUGCCCUUUUUAAAGAAACAUUUUCUGUGCAUGACAACUUUAUGCUGCUUUCCCCCUAAUCUUUUUGACCAAUAGUGCUGGUAUUUCACCAGGCAGAAAAACAUUAAAUAUAGAAAGAAUAUACAGUGGAAGGGUUGCUCUGCAACACCCGUACGUGAUGUGAGUGUUUAAUAACAGUAUUCUGAAUGAAUAUGCGUGUGGAAUUCAUUUAAUUCCUCACAAUUUUAAUUUACCUUUACCUAGUUGCAGAACGGCAGGCCCUUUUUACCUUUGGCUUUUUCUCAUUAACAAUGAUCUGCUAUAUCCUAAAGUCCAGUUGCAGCCAAUGGAAGUUUUGUCUGCAGGCAAAAGAAAAGUAGGAUUUUACCCAAGGAAUUACUUGUAAUCAAACAUGGAAUUGUUCAGAAGUAUGCAGCUUUUCAAUUCCCAGUUGAAACGUAAUUUAAUUAGGCAAUCCCCCAAAGGCAGUAACUGUUAAAAAUAAGAACUUUUAAGAGCUUUCGCAAGGAAACCCAUCAUAUAAUGGCAAUGAUACACUGCUGUGUAGAUAUACAUGUGUAUGGUUUCCUUUUUAAAAAUAAAUAAGGUAAAUAUUAAUAUUAACUUGAUCACAAUUUCCAAAAUCAGCGGUACUUCUGAGUAAGGUUAUGGGAAACAAAUGGAAAAGACAGGCACUUUCAAACUGAUUUUUUCCCCUGUUUCACUGUGCUUAAUCUCUUGUAGAACUGAAAAUGCUGUUAGAGAAUCUUAAUUACGGGAAAAGUUCCAGUGAAACACACGUUUUGCUUUACUGUGCCAAUCAUAAUUUUCUUAAAUUCCUUUAUGGUCUUUUAAAGUCUAAUGUCUUAUAGAUCUGGAUUCUUAUUCAGCAUGCACUACAGUAUGUGAAACAGAAUGCAGUAAGAAUUUCACAGUAACAAUUACCUAUUGAGAGAAAGAUGCAUUUCAAACUGUGUGAGCAAUUUAAGUGAAUUCCUGUUUUGGCCAGUUAUAACAUUAUAGCAUUCAUGUGAAAUAAAUUCUUGAAGGUAUUUUAAGAUAUUGAGGCAUUAUUAAAAUGUAAAAUGGAUAGGUUUUCUGAAAUUGAUUCUUCUAAAUUAGAAGUUGUUCAGAAGUGGUGCCCUUUUGGUAGAUUUGCAUAUGAAGCAGAAAUGAAAUUGCCUUUUAAUGGAGCAUCGUUAGUAUUUUUACCUGUGCGUCUUCCUGUUCCUUUAAGGACUUUGUCUGCAAUGCCAAGGACCCCAGUGCAUGAGUAGGAAGCCCUUUUUCUCACCUGUGUGCGCAUGUGCUAGUCUUUGCUUUCUUUCUGUAGCUUUCGCACCACUUUGAGUCCCACUCCAGAAGGUCUUCUGACAUUCAAGAGCAUUGUGGGGUGGGGAGUGCCAAGAGCCCCCAGUGUAAAUGGGGAACACAAUACACAACCCUUUGGAUUCUACCUUUUAUUUCAAUAAUUAAGCGUAAGGUUUGACUGUGCAUUGUGAAUUUUGAGACAAUGGAACCCACCACUGAAACCACAGUCUUCUAAUCCAAAGCCAUAGAUGGCAUUCCAUAUUCAGCUAAGGUUCCAUAGCAAAACGGACAUGUUAAUUCUGAAGGACAUGAGCUGCAACUGUACGUUGUAUUUUGUUGACAUGUUAAAGGUUUUCCGUUUUAAUUUGUUCAGAGUGGUGAACAAUCUCCUUGGGGCAGGGAGAGACUAAAGAGAAGAAAUUACAAAUGUUUCUUUGGACUUAAAGUAUUAUGUCUGCUCAAAAAUUUUAAGACACAUGGCCUGCUAGUUGUAAGUUGUGUUGUCUUUGUCUACUAGAUAGUAAUUAAGUUAUUUUAUUUGUUUAUUGAUUAUUGUUUCUCUUCAAAGCAUUUUAUAUUUCUGUCAGUUUCUUCUUUUGAAAAAAAACCUUAGGUGCUGCAUAGACUGAAAAUACUGAAGUGUCUCUGUUAGUCUUUUUCUGCUUCCAUCUGCGAUCGUCACACUUUUGCCAAUACAAAGUUGCCCCUUUGUAUUGGGUAGAGCAGGGGAAGAGAACAAUCCGGCCAGUGGGCCAGAUUCCACUCAUCCCACCCUGCCAGCCAAAUUUGACAGAUGGGUAGGGCCACUCACCUGCCAAGCACCUGGUGUCACAGUGAUGUCUAUGAGAUCGUGGUUUGAAGUCCCAACAAUCUGCUGACACUCGGAGCCCUGUGCUACAUUUUGAAGCUUGACAAUCAGCUGAUCAGUGGGACUUCAAAGCAUAGAGCAGGACUCUUUGCGAGUCGGGGGGGGGUGUUACUUUGAAAUCCCAACAAUCAGCUGCUUGUCAGGCUUCAAAGUGCUUGCAAAGAACCCUGCACUAUGCUUUGAGGUACUGCUGAUCAUCACCACUUCACAAGCUCAGUACAGUUCUGAAGCGCUGUGCAUGAGGCUUCUGACAAUCAGCUGACUGGUGGCACCCCAUAAGUCCCUUUUGGACCAGACCAGCUGCCUUUUACCUGUCCAUACCUGACAUCAUAUAUGAACCUUUUUCAUAGAAUCAUGAAAUUGCAGAGUUGGAAGGGACCUUGAGGAUCCUGUAGUCUGACCCCCUGCAAUGUAGGAAUAUGCAGGUGUCCCAUACAGGGAUAAAACCUGUAACCUGCUGUUUUCUCAGCACCACAUUCUAACAAACUGAAUUACCCAGUGCCAUGUGAUUAGCAGGUGGACACGGCGUAGCCAAAUGGCCUGGAAAGCCAAAUGGGAAGGCCUGCUGUACCUAAUUAGGCCCAAGGGCUGGAGGUUCACCACAUCUGGUGUACAGUUCAAUUGAGAUUUUGUGCUUUAUCAUUUAAAACUUACAGUGAUUUAGUUCUUUUAUAUAAAAGAACUCAGGUGUAUAAGAAAAUCUGGGAAAGCCUUGCAUGUAGUUGGUGUGUAUAUUUGAAGUUUAUGAUAAACCCCUAGAGAUCCGGAGACACUGUGUACGGUCCUUUUUUUUCUGGAAUGAGAGACUAGUUUUGGAUUGUGCAGUAAUACGCCGCGGAGUUUGUUUCUCUUUGCCUUCGUCAUGACUAUCUCAGGUUUCACAAUCAAAUGCCUUGUAAAUGUUUGUUUAAAUCCAUUUUUAAAAAAUUCGUUUUCGCAAUUAAAGUUAAAUGGAUGCUC